AGGCUUUUGCAUUUUUAGUUCAAUUUUACUUUUAAUUUUUUUAAGUUUUGAUUUUCAAAAAGCGACAAUUAUCUGCUGACUAUUGUUCAGGCCUGACUCUACACGAUUUGCGACGAUAAGAAGACCAGAAGACCCAUAGCUCUUCCAUUUCUUUUGACUUUUAGAGGUGCGGGUGGAUGGGGGAUAUUUUUCUUAAGCUUUAUGGGCACCUAAUAUUACGCCGAUUUGGAAAUCUGUUAGAACGAUUCUACUAGAAUUGUAGAAUAAAGACUGAAGACUUUUGACAAGCCGAAUAAUAUGAUGAGAGAUAUGCAAAUUACUUCAAAUGGCGGUGGCGUCGUGGGUGUGGAAGAAAUCCCUGUUAGAGUUGUUAUUACAACUGGAGAAGAUAUGGAUGACGGACUCGUACUUUCUGAAUCAAUAAACCUGGAUGAGCUUGCGCCACCAAGUUUUCCACCAAUGCCACCAAUGAUAGGUUGCUCGACAUCCGCAAAAUCAUCAAGCUCGAGCUCUUCCAGUGGCAGCUCUUCAAGCUCAUCUUCAGGCAGCAGUGGGAGUAGUAGUUCAAGUUCGUCAGAUGAAUCUGGGGACGAAACGGAUACAAAGGAUAAGUCGGGAGAGACGAGUGCCAAUCCCACCCUCAAUAAAACCAGGAUUAAAGCACGGGUUGGGAAUGGUUCACCACUUUCAGCAUCGAAACUUGUUCCAAAUCUUGCUCCCCCUGUCUUGUCAAUGCCAAUAAUACCUGGAAAAGUUGUUGCUGCAGGGAAUGUGGUUAACGACACGAUAAGAGUUGUUCCAAUCAAGGAAAAUACUAAUAAAAGUCUUACGAGUGAGGGAAAAGGAGCAAGUAAAAAUUUAUCAAAUGUGAAAAAAUUGGAAAUUAAAAAGAAAGAAGAAAAGAUUGAUCCUACGAUGAGGUUCAAGUCAGUCAUAACAUCAAUGAAUAAGAGUACUUCUUCUACUGAUACACCUGCCAAUACCAAUGGAACUAUAAAUCACGGUUUAAAUGGGAUGGGUAAUCAGGAUGACAUCAAAAUACUACCUGGUUCAUCUACCUCUAAAACAAAACAAGGUCGUCAAAGUCAGACUAGAAGAUCUUCAAGGCCAAAUAAAUCGUUGAAAAUAUUAGAUGAGAAACUUUCAGGCUUUAUGCAAAAUCGCAUAGUAGUCGAAAAGCCUGGAGAUGAAACUUUUUUUGGAAAAAAACAAAAAACGAAGCGAAAAAAGCUUGAAGAUCCGCAAGAUCCAUUGACAGAUCCCAAGUUUGAAGUUGAUGGUGACGCUCCCAAAACCUUCCUUAGAUUAAGUGGGAAAACUAGGGAUUGGGAUAACUAUCUCAAUACUAAAAACCCCGAGAAUUUUAAAUGGAUUGCUCCUGUAAGCAAGUUUCAGAAUGCCCCCAUGUCUAACAUUUGGAAAGAUUUAGCCAAGCCAGGAAUAAAGAUUGAAAUUCCAAACGUCUUCAUCUCUUGUAACCGGCCAGUCUACUGGAUUGCCACAAUCAAGUUUUUUGCCGGAUACAAAGCACUCGUCCAAUACGAAACUUUUGGGUAUGAGCCUGCAAUGUUCGCGUGGAUGUCGUUCUGCAGUGUCGUUCCAAAACCUAUUGGAUAUUGCGAUGAAAACAAAAUUGUGCUGUUCCCUCCACACAAAGUUUUUGAAGCAAUUCCAAAUUUUAUGCAUAUACUUAUGUCCGUCAUUCAUCAGUACCGUUUGGUCACUCUGAAAAACGAUCACAUAGAGAUUGUGACCGAAGCCAUAAAAGCACAACAAAAAUACAAACUUCACGAUAUGGUUGAAGUCAUGGACUGCAAUUGCACUGGAAGUCGGCGCUUAGCUAAGGUGACCGGACUUAUCGGGGAUCGAGUUCACAUAACGUACGUCAAAAAUGCUGGCUACGAUGAAGGCAAAGACCCUGGAUACUGGUUCAAUGUGAAAAGCGAUCAAAUCAAUCCAUUGGGUUGGUGCCAAGCAGUAGGAGCGGAGCUGACAGGAGUUCCCAGAAACUUGGUAUUUUCGAACUUGGACACAUCAAAACUGCCUUCGUAUCCUGACGAUAUAUAUUUCAGUAGAGGAAUGGUCUUUGAAGUGAUCCACCCUUUUAACCUGGAUCGAAUUGCCGCAGGAAAAAUCGAACAAGUUUAUAAAUUUGGCUAUUUUUUGGCAACAAUUACUUGCAACAAACCACUCACAGAAAGCAUGCAGUUUGUGUUCCACAUCUCAUCACCCUGGCUUCUUCCUUGUGGAUUUUGUGCAGAGAAUGGAAUUGAACUUGCCGUUCCUAGCGGAGAAUCAAAGGCCACAUUCAAUUGGAAAAAUUAUUGUUCAAAGAAGAAGGCGGUUCGAUUGGAUCUAAGCUCACUAUUGCCAACGCGUUCCAAUAAUCCGUUUUCCACUGGGGAGAAAUUUGAGGCUAUUGAUCUUAGACAGCCCUCAUACUGUGGACCUGUGACGGUAAUAAAGGUUGCCCAACAUUUGAUGCUGCUCCAUUUCGACGGGUGGCCAAGAGACUCAGAGUAUGCUCGUCAAUGGAUUGAUUUCAAGUCUCCGGAAAUUUAUCCUGCAGGGUGGUCUGAACUGACGGGUCACGAAUUUCAAAGUCAUCCUGAGCUCCCCAAAUUAGAGGAUAAUCCAGUUUGUCUGAUUCCAUGAAUGAAUAGAGAUUUUUUUUGUACUUAUAAAUUGAUAGUGAUCGUCAUCAUGAUUUUGGUGACUGUGAUUGUGAAACAUUUUGAGCUUUUGACAAAUUCAGUAAAUUAAAAUAGUUAUCAAAGCGUAAUUUAAUAAUUUCAACCACAAUUAUUUUUCUAUUAACAAAUAAAUGGAUGAUGUAUCACAGGUUAAAGUCAGGUUAAAAUGGUUGCAGGAAAUAUACUUAUUAAUAAAAACUUUGAUAAUUCA